UAACAUCAUCGGCUGAUUUACCCCUGAUUGUGAUGGCCUUUCAUAGCUUGUAAAAAUGUUAGCUUAACAAUGUACUGUAUCACAACUACCAAACCAUUGACAAUUGGGAGUAAUAAUCUAGUAGUUUAAAUUUGUUUGCACUUGAAUAUUUGUGUCAAACGGCUGAUAGAAAGAAGGAAAACACUAAUCAUAUAUUCAGUCAUAAGUUCAUUGCCGACUAAGGUAAUAGGGAAGUCAUGUGAUUGUCAAAAUGGUCGACUUUCAGCGGAAAGUUACUUGUUUUUCUGCGAUUUGCGUGGAAUUUCAUCCCAAGUAAGGCUGAAAGAUAGGUUCUGACGCCAGGAGUAGUAAGAGAGCACUAAUGGCAGAAGCAACUGUAAAAGAGCCUAAGGCCACCCCUUCGCCGGAAAGUGGGCUGACCCAUUUUGCGCCCCUGACUCCACUUGAGGAGAACCAGACGUCAACGUUUUCGCUGUCGAGGUUGUUCCGGAGGAAAGGGUCUUCUGAUUCUACCAAAGAUGACAAGGACGCCAAGAAAAGGCAGCAAGCCUCGGGAAAGUCAAGCCGUCCCUCCAAGAUGUCCAUCCCGACCAUCAAGGAGUCGUCCAAAGAGCCAACAGGGCACACACACGGCCACAAGCAGGUCCACCGCAAACGGACGACAGAGGGGAGAGUCAGCAGGCAUGGAGCGGUCAGUCCUGCACACAGACUGAGGCCUGAGGACCACCGCAGGAGGACCGUAUCACUCAGGGAGUCGUCAGAGGUGGCGAACAGAGGCAAUGCUGUGGAAAUCCGGACCCUUCCCAGUGUGCUGAAGAGGCUGGUUGCUAUUCUGGAUGGACGGAUCAAGGUGGGCAAGGAAUACAAAGACCCAAGUGACCUGAAACAGUAUUGGAUGCCGGAUAGCCAGUGUAAGGAGUGUUACGAAUGUGGUGACAAGUUCAACACCUUUCGCAGACGGCACCACUGUAGGGUGUGCGGCCAGAUCUUCUGUAGUCGCUGUUGCAAUCAACAAGUCCCAGGAAAGUUCAUGGGUUAUACAGGCGAUGUUCGCGUCUGCACAUAUUGUUGCAAGGUGGUGUUGAGUUACGCUCAGACCGUGGACGGAAACGGUGACCUCAAGGCGAUACGCGAGGAUCUGAAGAACUUGACAGAGUCGCACCUCACCACGUCAGGCUCCUUCACUUGGUACGACGCCUACCGGGAUGACGGGACACCGAAGACGCUACGGCAAAGGGUCUCACCUCGGCCUUUAGAGGAGGAAGUUGGGCGGAGAAGCUCCUACCCCCACGACAAACGCUACAGCGUUGGAUCGGACGCCAACCUGUGGGUGCCGGCUGCUUACAUGGGGCGCCGCAUCUCCCAAAUCCUUUUAGACUUGUCCCCACGACCCUCGAGAACGGAGAUAGACUUGUCCCACAGCCAGGAGUCUGCCACACUCAUCCCUGCAGGGCUACGCCGUCGCCUGUCGCUUAAGUUUGCUAGCAAAGAUGAUGAAGACAGUAAAUACAGGUGUAACAGUGCGAGCAGCGACGUGACAUCAUCACGUGACAACCUGAACAUCUUUGACACGGCCAACGCUCCUGGUGCCAAGUACAUGCAGUCUGACACACUUCUUAUGGAGGAGGAGAGAAACAAGCUGCUACAGGAUUCAGUGCAGCUGCGUGACCUAUGGCUGCAGAUCCAGCACCCAAGCCAGGGCAUGGAGUUCCAAAACCAUCGCUACCGGCUGCGCACCUACACCAACUGCAUCGUGGGGAGUCAGCUGGUGGACUGGCUCAUCAAAAGGGACAAAGCAACAUCAAGAGUACAAGCAGUUGUUCUCGGCCAAGCCCUGCUGGACGCCAAGUGGCUGGAAUGUGUGACCCACACGGACCAGAUCUUCAGAGAUGAGUACUCCCUGUACAGGGCUGGGGAGAUGGCGAACCAUGAGUUGGAGAGUCCGUCGCCGAGCACGGAGACGGGCGACACACCCACCAUGGAGGACGAGUGGGAGCCGUCGUGGUUCCGUGAGAUCCAGCGGGACGACAGGAGCGAGGAUAGUAGCGCCGAUGAGAUGCUGCUCAUCGACAAACCAGCAGAAGCUCCAGUGGCUCAAAUAGCCAUAGAAUAUGAAGGCAGCAAUGAUGAUGAUGAUGAUGACAAUGCCGAUGAUGAUGUCAUACAGUCAGAUGGAGCAAAGUCAUCAAAGUACAAGAAGACGAGUAAAGAGACCCUUCCUGCAGCCAAGAAGCCGGUGGACUCCCUUUCCGAGUCCACGGAAGAAGGAAGAAAACAGGCGACUUUUUAUCUCGAUCUUAAACCUGACAAUGUCAACUUCAGGGUCAAGAAAACCAACAGCAACAGAGCAGCCGCAAAUGUAGAACCUGAAAAAGACAAGGACUUGUACAUAUCAGUCUUCCCCACCUUAUCUGGAAAGUACGUGAGUGUGAACUCCCAGGACUCUAACCUGGAAUCGUCACAGUCAAGUCUGGGGGAUGACCUGCUCAAAGAUUCUUCCCAACCCAUUAUUGUGAUUCUUCCAAAGGCAGUUAUAAAACUACCAAAAGAUGCCCUGUUCCUUGGGAAGGAGUCGCCCUCCCCAUACGAGGUGGAGGCUCCGCGAGGCUGGCAGAUGUGUGAGUCACUCCGAGAGGAGAAUGGUGAAAGGCUGGCUAUGAAAAGACUCUGUUCCGCUCAUGACCAGCACACGGUCUCGUUUGUACGCCAACUGCUUCACGAGGAGUACCUGUCGCUGUGGUGGAGUGACAUCAUCAUGCCACUGGUGAGGCAGAUCAGCGAGACGGUGCGCCCGGACGUCAGGCACGAGAAUGACAACAUGGACAUCAGGCAGUAUGUCAAGUUCAAGAAGAUCCCAGGUGGCCACCGAUCAGAUUGCUGCUUCGUCAACGGAGUUGUCUGUACCAAGAAUAUUGCACACAAGAAGAUGUCGCACCACAUCCUGAACCCCCGUAUCCUGAUGGUUAAGGGAUGGAUCGAUCACCAGCGCACAGAGAACAGACUGGCCUCCAUAGAUCCCAUCGUCUUACAGGAGAGAGAAUACCUGAAGAACUGUGUUGCCCGCAUCACAUCACUGAACCCCCGACCUGACAUCUUGCUGGUGGAGAAAACCGUGUCUCGCAUUGCUCAGGACCUACUGCUGGAGGCUGGCAUCACUCUAGUACUGAACGUCAAACCUGAGGUGAUGGACAGGAUAGCCCGCUGUACCCAGGCUGACUUGAUCCCAUCCAUUGACCAGGUGGCCAAGCCUACACUUGGCUUCUGUCACAGGUUCUACCUACAAAACCACCUCAUGCAUUCAGGUGACAACAAGACGCUGAUGUUCUUUGAAGGGUGUGCCUCCCAUCUUGGAUGUACAGUAGUCCUGAGGGGAGGGUCUGAUAUUGAACUCACAAAGGUGAAGCAGAUAAUGCAGUUCAUGGUGUACAUGUGCUACCACUCUCGCCUGGAGAUCUCUUUCCUCAUGGAUGAGUUUGCCAUGCCACCAGGACAGGCCAACACGAAAGGCAGUCCUCCCCACACAGCAAUCGCUGAAAACAGCAAACAGAAGGACAAACUUGCUGAAAGUGGGAGUCCUGUUGAAGAAAAAUCGUCCGAACAAGAGAAGGAAGCAAAGAGGCCAUUGAAGGAAGUCGUAGUAGGAAGCCCAGAAGAAGAGUCACCAAUGGAGACCAAUAUUCAGGCCGAUUUUGCGCACCCGUUGCAGCGAAACUGGCGCUCAGCAAGCUACGUUGAAAUCGGAGACAGACAGACGCAGCUUAACUCCCUUAUUUCCCAGUUCCAGAAUGAGGUGUCGAAGCGAAAGCUGUGUACGUCUCCAUUCCUAAAACACGACAUGCCUUACCUGCUAACCGAGGAAGGUAACCGUUGUGUCCUGAGGAAGUAUUUCCCAAUCCAGGUUUUCUGGUCGGGUCGUUUUGAACUCACUCCUGAGCACGAGAAGCAGCUCGAGAGGGAACGCUCAAAACUCUACGAACUGGAACCCAUGCGAGGGAAAGAGAACUCUCUCCACUUCAACAGUAGAUACUCAACGUCGGGUGUCAACAUCGUUCCUCCCCACUCCUUUCUAAGUGGACCGCUCAAAGAUCCGAUCACCAAUCAGCAGACGGCUGCGCUUCUCGCAGAAUUCCGUGCUCUCGGAGGGAGGCUUCAAGAAAACAAGAAGCAAAGAAAAAAGAGGAAUGCCUUAAAGAAUGGCAAGAAGAAAGAAACGAGGAGCUUUGAACAAAGCAUGGAUGUGGUCAGCUUGGCCAGCAACACCAGCAGUGGAUCUGCUGUAGUCUGGGAGCAGAAGCGCUUGGAUUCCUGGGUUGUUCUGGGGGAUCACCAGGUCCCGUCAGACAUGACUUUGCCCAAUCAGACUGAGGUGGACUGUAUGGACCCCAGGAAUCACCAGCACAUCUCAGUUCUCUUCAGUAGCUUCUCAUCAGCUUCAGCCAACGCACCCAACCCCUGUGUCAGCCCAUGGGUUGUUACCAUGGACUUCUAUGGGAAGAACGACAUCACCCUGGGCGCGUUCCUAGAGAGGUACUGCUUCCGCUCUGUGUACCAGUGCCCCAGCGAGCUGUGCGACACGCCGAUGGUGGAACAUGUGCGCAGGUUCGUGCACGGACAGGCCAGUAUCGAGAUCACCAUGCAGACGCUGGCCAGCCCUAUCCCUGGUCAGCACAACAACAUCCUGCUCUGGAGCAUCUGUGCCAUCUGUAAACAGGUCACCCCCAUCGUGCCCAUGUCAGUGGAGUCCUGGUCCAUGUCGUUUGCAAAGUACUUGGAGCUGCGUUUCCAGGGCGGUCGGUACACCCGCCGCGCGGCCCUACAGAACUGUGCCCACUCCCACCACCUGGACCACAUCCAGUGUUUCGCCUAUCGACACUCUGUGGCCUCCUUGCAGUACCAUUUGGUGACCCUGUAUGAGAUUGCCUUGCCCCCCAUGCUGGUGGCUAUCAAGGAGAAGGGACAUGAUCCCGACACUUUCUUUGACCAGAUCAAAGAUCUUGCUGAAAAAGGCCAGAAGCUGUACACAGCCAUCAAGGACAGCAUAGACCGCAUCAUGGCUCUGAAGGUGGACUCAUUCUCACACGAACGGGAGGAGCAGAUCGAGUCUCUCCUGGCACAGGAAGAGAUGGAGUUCAGCCACUUCCAGCACUGUUUGGAGCAGCUCAACAGUCGGGUGGUGUCAGUGUUCCAGGAGGAUGAGAACGGAGAUGUCUCCACUUCCUUUGAUGGCCCCCUGCUGAUGUGGGAUGUGGUGGAUGCGAUAGUGAACUUGAAGCGCCUGCUGAGCGAGGCCUCCUCCACCUGGAACGCCCGGCUGCAGGAUUUUGUGCACCAGGACAAGAACAAGAAGUCCAAAAGCCCCAUCCUCAGGAGCAAGGAACUGGCUGUUGACUUUGCCAACCACAGCAAUACUUCCUCUCCAAAAACACCAGGACAGACUCCGAGAGGGAGUCAGGAGGACCUUUUGUCUGCUACAGAUGAAGAUGCUCUGGUGAUCGCAGAAAAUUACUACAAGGCAGAGGAAGACGACCAGCUGGAGCAGUCCGACACCUCCUCAUCAGCUGUUAUAAGCUCCUCUCAGUCAGAAGACAAUGGGGUGGCCAACGCCCUGCAGGGCGCUGACCCCGGGAGUUUUGUGGUGUGCAGCAUUCCGGAGGACACCAUCAGCCAGUUUGAAGCUGAUGCACCUGAGGAAGUAGAUGUUGUACCAGACAGGAAAAACAGGGAGCAGGAGUCAAGGUCCAACUCCUGGAAAAGGAAGCAGUCAACUCAAGAUUCUGAGAAGAGGACUGUGAAGACUCUCAUUGCACAGCUUCUGCCAGGCUACAGCCUACAACCUCUCCCCAUGGCAUUCUCCCCAGACAAACACUACCUGUUGCCAGUGUGUGAGAAGGUGCCAGUGGUUGUGUAUGACCAGGAACCCAGCUCUAUCAUAGCCUAUGCUCUCAGCUGUAAGGACUAUGAGACACACAGAAUGGAAGCCAAGAAGCAACUACCUGAAGAGAAGGACCCCCUCCAGCAAAUCAGUGUUACUCCGGUCUCCAAACCCUCCAAAGGUGGAGACAAAGUCCCAACAGCUUCUCAGGACACCACACCUGAAGCGCCCAGCACCAAAGGCGUGCUGUCCUUCUUCCGUGGGAAGCACACCCCAGAACAAGUCUCUCCCAACACCAGGAGGAAGAAGGAGAAACAGUCUAGUAAUCUGGCUGGCAUGGACAGUGUGCACUACAACCCUUCAUCAUCGGACAAGGACUCCUUUGAAGAAUCAGGUUAUGAUGACACAGAUUUCCCACUGUUUGGCAAGGAUAUUCUAGAGAAGGGCAAGAAGCAGGCACCAACCCCUCACAUAGAGCUGCAGUUCCAAGAUGACAAGGCAAAGUUCUUCUGCAGAGUCUAUUACGCUGAACAGUUCCGGAAACUCCGGAAAACGAUAUUUCCGGACGGGGAGGAGCGCUACAUCCGCUCGCUGUCUCGCUGCUUCAGCUGGACAGCGAAAGGCGGCAAGUCUGGGUCGACCUUCUGUAAAACUUCAGACGAGCGUUUCAUCCUGAAGCAGAUGUCACGGCUAGAAGUGCAGUCCUUCGUAGAGUUUGCACCUCACUACUUUCAGUACAUACAGAGGGCACAUGCAGAACAGCAUCCGACCUGCCUGGCUAAGAUCUUGGGUGUGUACAGGAUCGGCUACAGGAACUCCCAAACCAACGCCACCCUCAAACAGGACCUGCUGGUGAUAGAGAACCUCUUCUAUGGCAGGAAGAUGGCACAGGUGUUUGAUCUGAAGGGGUCCAUGAGAAACAGGCAUGUGAACAUUUCCAGCAAGGAGAUGUCGUGUGACAUUGUGCUACUGGACGAGAACCUUCUUAAAAAGGUGCUCGACGAGCCCCUGUACAUCCGCCCCCACUCCAAGACGGUGCUGACCCGAGCCAUCACCUACGACACCCAGUUCCUGUCCAGCCACCUGGUCAUGGACUACUCCCUCCUGGUGGGGGUGGAUGAGGUCACCAACGAGCUGGUCGUGGGGAUUAUCGAUUACAUCCGCACCUUUACCUGGGACAAGAAGCUGGAGAUGGUGGUUAAGUCAUCAGGUAUCCUAGGUGGACAAGGUAAGAUGCCCACGGUGGUGUCCCCGGAGCUGUACCGUACGCGGUUCUGCGAGGCGAUGGACCGGUAUUUCCUGGUGGUGCCUGACCGCUGGACGGGUCUCAGCAUCGGCGGGCAGUGUUAGAACAAAUACAGGUGCUACAACAAACUGUACUACAACAAACUGUAGUUUGUUUGUUUGUUCUCAUGUGUGUCUAUCCUCAGACACAAGACCUAUGGAGGACUGUAAGUUUUACUCCUUCCAGUUGCGUUCAAGUUGGGAUUCAGAAAUUUAAAUGACACUCAGCUAAACUGGGAUUCGAACCAGUAACCUUGUGAUUUAGAGGCAGAUUUGAUAGCCAUAUGCAAAGGCACUUUACUACUAUGUAGUACAGUAUUACAGGUUCAGUACCUGCAUUGUAAAAUUCACCAUAAAUUACGAUGUACAUCUAUGGGUAAAUGGGAACGUGGUGCAUCCAGUUUAGACCUGAGCCUUAAACUUUUACACAGCCCAGUUAAAAAGGAGUUUGAAAAUAAUAAUCAUUGAUUGUAAAUGUAUAGUAGUCUGUAAAAGUUUUGGUCCCCUGGUUUAAAUGCCCUGUGAAGUCUUCCCAUGACAAAAUGAGCUAAUAAAUGAUAAUAAUAGUUUCAGUGUUUAUAUACUAAUGGAUAGGAACUGUAAAUUUAAAGCUGUUUCCGUGCUAUAGGCUGUGAUGAUCUGUAUUUUGUGCAAUGAGAACCCAAGAAGGUUUGUUCCUUUGUACAAUCAUUGGAACUGCUGAAGCAUUAUCCUCUCAUAAUCAUAUACAUGAAGCACAGGGUAUUUAGAUUUUUAGGACAAUUGGGACAUAUUGAGAAGGAAGUUAAAUGCGAGUACCACAACAUAGAUAGCUUGGAUGCUUCUCAUGUCAAUUAAGAUGAUCAGUAUUUUGUAAGUCCAUUCGAACCGUCAUGUGUAGCAAUAUCAUUGACUAUUGAUAAACAUUGAAAGCAGAGUUACAUAUUCUUAAAUCAGUCAGAAUAGAUUUAAAACAUAUCUAUUAUAUCAGUGAUAAUAAGUUAAUGCAGUUUACAAUAGGUGAAAGCAAUUUGCCAACUAAACAGUGCUGCUGAAAUAUUGUGCCUUUCAUUUUUGCAUGUUCUUAUAGUCUUAAACUGUGCAAUAUAUAUAUGUGCAAAUGUAUGCAGAUAGUAUACUUGUAGUUUGUGCAUUAUGUAAUACAUACAACCAUAUAACUUUGUGCGUUGUGUAAUGGAGGAAAAAGCCUUGACUGAUGUACAUUAAUUGCAGUACAAAGACGGAAAUGUGUGGACCAAGUUAUUAGAGGCAGGCCUCAAGAUUCGCAGGACUGGGACUCACAAUGCAUGUUCUACAUCUGGUACUACAUAAUACAGAAGAGGUAUCUCGGUUUUCCUUCUAGAGUAGUUAGGUUCUCUUGCAAACCCUUAAAAGUAAAUCUGAAUAGGUAGGUGGUUAGGUCAAUGAUAAAUAAAUGGGUCUGGUAAAUUAUUUGGUACAAUUUGGUUAACAUUCCAAAUUCAGUAGACCAACAUUUAUAUAGUAGAACAUUAUGUAGUAAUAAUAAUCAAUGUAAAUGAAUUAGUAGGGUGCAUAGAAGUCCAUGGUAUAACCUACUUGACAAUUGUUGGACUUGGACGACUAGCAUUAAAUGCUGUGACAAACCCUUACUAUAGUUAAAAGUAAACUGCCUUUACAAGUUGUCAGUAAAGCCAAAUCGGUCCAUGAUUAUUUCCCAAAAGCUGAGUUGCUUUUGAAUUAGUAUGAUAACUCUCAGAAUAAGUGAAAAACAUUAGGGAAAAAAAUUGGUAGUUUAUUUAUCCUUUUUGUUGAUUAGGACUAAGUAUGGUUGAUUGAACUAAAACACUGAAUGAAGGAUUGCCAAUAUCAAUAAAGAAGUCAGUUUGUCAUCAGUCUGUGUAAUAAGUGAAGACAAGAACUGCAUGAAUAUGUUGCAUAUUUGUAUUUUUUCUUACAGGUCGUCAGUCACAAAUGCAUACAAAACUGUACAAAAGCAUUCAGAAGCUGUAACAAUAUAUAAUGUGCCAACA